AUGAGCGACAAAGAGUCGUCGAGCCGGGCCGUCGAGGAUACGGUUUGCGGGAUUUGGAUGUUCAAACCCAAAUGGCUUCAGAUACUCUCCAGCAAAAAGGUAUACGUGCUCGUUUACGGACUCCUGGGACUCAAUCAGUUUAUGUUGUCGGCGUACUUUAACGGCACACUCACCACCAUAGAGAAGAGGUUUCAAUUCUCCAGUCAAACGAGCGGUACGACAACGUCACCGAUACGCACGCGCUAUGACUUACCUAAUUAUAGAAUACAAAUAUAUUAUAAUGAACAAGAGUACAAUGAAUUAUCGUAAAAUUAUAUAAUCGGUUCAGGUAUCAUUUCGAGCUCUUGGGACUUUUUCGCACUCAUAUCGUUUUUGCUUACGUCACAUUUGGCCGGCAAAGGUCACCGGACGCGAUGGUUGGCCGUCGGUUCCAUGCUGGUUGGUAUUUCCUGUUUCAUUCGGUUCCUGCCGCACGUUAUCUACGGACCGGGCGAAGAGAUCCUUCAAUAUACCGUAGAGUACGAGAGCCAUGUGAAUUCGACGUCGUUUUUGGGCAAUAUUACAAGUGAGUGGCUUAUACAAGACAAAAUGCGUACACAUACACAUUUAUAAUUGGAAAGAACUAUUUUUUAAAGUUUUUAAACGGUUAAAAUAAUCAAACAAUAAUUACAUCAAUUACUCAAGGUCGAAAAUGUUCGCAUAUUAUGCUGUCCCCGUCUUAACAAUGCACGACACAGAAAAUUCGCGUUAAACGUUCAACUAUCUAUGCUGUUUGUUUUAAUAUUACAGCGAAUUUAUCAAUUACUAUCAAACUUGAAGAUGGAAACACUAUCUACGUAACUACGACGAUUUUUUUCUCGCUAUUUUAAUAUUUUAGUAAGCUACGAGUAUGCGAAUUACCACAAUGGUGGCACAAUACAAAUUAAUACAAUAUUAUAUUGUUUAAAAAAUAAAUAUCGAAAAAUACUAACGUAAUUACACAGAUAAUAUUGUUAACGCUUUAUGUUUGAUAGUAUAGGUCGAUUCGCCAAUAGAUAAUAUCAAAAUAGAAACUAACAGCACAGAGUUAUGCCUGCUGAACUCAAAUUUGCGAAGACGUACGUUUAUAAAACAGAGACAGCACAUUUCAUAUAAAAUAUCAUAUUCGAUAUUUUACUUUGCGUCCAGCCUGUGGAUCAUUAUGUUGCAUACUCGAUUGAAAUAUUUUCGACAAAUUCCGAAAAAUCCAAUGAAAGGUUUUUCAAAAAGGAAUUUAAUUUAUUCAUUUCAUAACUACAAAUGUAUGAACAAUAUCCGUUCGAAUAUUCCCAAAAACGAUUCAAUCGUAUUGAAAAUAGCUUGCGUCACAAUAAACCGAUGACGAACAAUUCGUAUUUAUUUUUUCGUGAUUGUAUGCACCGCGAGAUGUACUUCGCGCAACGAUUUUAUUUCAGUAUCGACUACCUAUCUGUAAUAUACGUAUAUACUAUUUGUAUACGUAAUAACGAAAUGUACUUAAUCCUAAUGUUUUCCUUUGCGUUUUAACCACUAUUAAGGACAAAAAGACAAGAUCUGCGACGACCAGCCGUCGUUGCCCGAGGACUGCCAAAACGAGGAGUUAUGGAACAUGCCGGCAUUUCUGUUUAGCAUCGGACACGCGUUACUCGGUCUAGGAGGCUCGCUGUACUGGACGUGCGGCGCGGCAUACUUAGACGACAACGUGCGCAAAAACGCGGUCCCCGUGCUGUUGGGUGAGUAAAAUACGGAAUCGUACCUACUUAAAUCCGUGACUCGUGUAGUAUUUUUGUUGAAUAUACACAAAUACUUCAAUAUAUCCGUCAAUGUGCGCGAACAAUCGAGUAGACAAUUUCCCCAUUAUUACGAUUCACAUGUAAAAUUCGCUUGUAAAUGAAACGCGAUAAUCACGUAGAUAAUUGAAUAUCCAACAACUAUAUAUAAUGUUCUUCAUCGUUUUUUUCUCUUCUUCUCUUCGUCUUCAAUCCAACUAUUUGGAAAUCGGGCUAAUUGAUCCGAUCUACCGUCUCACAUACACCGGCUGUGCUCAUAUCAUUGUCAAUCGCAUCCAACCACCUCAAUUUUCUACGUCUAGUUACUAUAGGCGCCUUAAACUCUCAACCUCACCUAUUACGUUACCGCUAUAAUUGUCGUUAGAUGUCUUGUCUUGUUACUCCAAACUCAUACUCUAUUUACUCUGUUUUACUUCUAUGUAUCCUUAACCCGUUUCCGUCAAGUGCUCUUUCCAUUGCCCGAGCCUAUUUCAAACUUCUUCUAUAUUGUCUUCUAUCAAAACUAUAUCAUAUACCAUGGUAUUUCCUCUUACUAGUUGUCCCCACGCACAUCCGAGGUGGGACAAUCCGCCCGAAUCUUGUUUAGAACUCCUCAUACCGUUUGGCAGAAUUUUACACCAGUAGAAUUUUAUUAUACACGAGUAAAGUUACCAUGGGAUUACCUUAAUUCCCUCCAACAGGGAGGUUUCAAUUAUUAUUAUUUCAUUGGAGUAAACACCCCCAUCGGGAUAAAUUGAUAUUUUACACAAAAGGCUUAAAGCUUAAACUACUACUAAAUUAACUACAAAUUGGAUAUGUUGUUUUAUAAAUACUGCAAUAUCUAAGUAAAAGAUCUACGUGAAAAUUUAAAUUUAAAUAAACAUUACAUUUCCUAAAAAUACGGUAUUCCGGACUAUUUCGGACUGAUUCGAUCUAGGGUAAAAAAAUAUUUUUUUAAUUUUAUACGGGCUAGGAAUUCAGAACCGCCAAUAUUUUCUCGGUGUAAUUUGGCUGUAAAGUCAAAAUAUUUGCGACAUUAGGCCAAGGGUUUCAAGCCGUAAUAAUUUUAAAAAACUACUGAAGAUUUCCCUUGUCAAGCAAUACAAUAUAAUCUAAUAGGUUUUUAUUGAUGUGUCAAUUUUUAACAAAUGGAAUGUACAACGGCUCUAAACGAACCAUUCCAUUGUUCGCCACUUUAAGCCAUGAGUAAACAUAAUAUUAGGAUACAAGUAUAAUAUGUAUAUUGUUAUUUCAUUGCGUAUUUCUGCUGAGAGUAAAGACUUAUAUUUUUAAUAUUGUUCAGAAGGGGCGUCCAACGUUUUGUCGUAUAUUCUUCCAGUUAAUAAUAAUUUAUUUAUAAUACAAUAUUUUAUUUUAUCUACGCGCUAAUAUUUGACGAAAAUAUUCUAUUUAUUUAUUUUUUUUUUUUUUAUCAAACAUUACUAAUGAAAUAUUGUUCGCUUAUCAAUCGAAUUUAAAAACUGCGAAACCCACAGUCGCGUAAUGUAUGCUGUAUUCCCGUGUUUGUGAGGCGUAGAAAAGAACGACUGAAAUCGUUUUACAUCUCUCUCAAUAAACGUACAUUUUUAGAAAAAAAAGCAAAACAUUUUUUUUUUUUCAAACGUGUACUAGGACUAUAUACAUAAACGUAACUAAAGGUGAAGGCUAGGGUAUGCUUAGUACCAGCAAACGUUUGUUUAACCCCCCCCUCCCAAUAUAACUCGAUUAAUACUUAUGAUACACUUGUACACAAGUGUUCAUUUUUUUUUUCACGGUUAAAUAAUAUUUAAAAACAUUUAAUAAAUAAAUCAAUACUAUUAAUGUAGACAUUAAUAGUAACGAGUUACCUAUUAGUUAUUUAUUUAUAUCCAUCAUAGAACGUUUUAUUUGAGAACUUUGUUAAUGGUUUAUUACAAAAUCUCAUAUUAUUAUAAAGUGAUUUAUAUUGUUAUAUAAUUUAGCCCCCACCAAAUGUAAGAUCUAUGACUUUAUAUAUCGUUAGUUAUAGUUUUGAUAUUGCAACGAUGACGUACGUAUUUUAGCGAUCGUCCAAUGCAUACGGAUGACAGGACCGAUGAUUGGAUACAUGAUAUCGGCUUACACGCUGACCAAAUUCAUCGAACCUACUUUAACGCCAACCAUAACCGACACGGAUCCGAGAUGGAUCGGAGCAUGGUGGAUGGGUUAGUCUUUUGAAUAAAAUAUAUCACAAAACUGUAUUAGAACAUAUUAUUUAUUUUAUCGAUAAAUCAAAAUUUCAAAUGGAAAACUAUUUUGGGUAAACAAAUUAUCGCGGAAUAAUAAAUAAUACGGUGAUUCUAAAACCUAAAAUGUUUAAGAAAUUAUUAGUAGAUAAUAAGUUUUUUUUUUUUCUAUAGGUUGGGUGCCGAUUGGAAUCAGUUGCCUUUUGGUUGCCACAAUCAUGCUGCUAUUUCCUAGAACGCUUCCCAGGGCCGCGGGACGCAAAAAAGAACAACUGAAAGAAAAAGACGAAUACAUUUUGACCGGUGAGCACAAACACACGCGUGAUACGAUUUCUGUAUUCUCGUUCUCAUACUACGAUUAUUUCAUUGUCCAAUUCCCUCUUCCUAACACGUACAAUAAAAGAAAAGAAAAUUCCGGCGAAUAACGUUCAUAUUACAAUAGACGCCACUUAUUGAGCUCACUUUGGAACUAGUUUAAAACCAUCAACCGAAAAAGUUAAUGAGGGAAAAAGUCCAAGAAAAAAAAUAUAUACAUUUUUUUCAAAGUACUACGUGAAUAAAUAUGAGCAUUUUGGUCGCCAAUAAGUGUUUUCAAAAAUAAAAACACAUAAAAAAUUAUUUUUCGGGAAAAAUAUUGGAAAUUUCGAAAAAUCUGUCAACUAUCAAGUGAUUUAAGGUACUACUUGAAAAAAUCAACCCUACUUACCGGUAUAAUGGUCCAAUUGACGAAUUUUUUUCUGUAUACUAGUAUAAGUGUAAACCGAGACUAACCUUAUGAGUUUAUUAAGUGAAGGAAUCAAUAAUUGUCCGUAAUAAUAAUCAUCAUACAUGAUGUUACGAUACAUUGAUGUUGAUAAAACUCAGAACCGAAUUCUCAGUUAAAUAUAAAAUAUAAUUAAAUACUAUGUGCCUCAAAUUCAAUAAACACAAAGGAAAACAGCAUCCCUACAGAAGAUCCUCAACAAAUUAACAAUUCGCUAUACGAUAAAAUUCAUCUGCAAACAAAUUUCGACCGAUUAUCAUAGUUCCUUAUAACUCAUAUAAUGACGCAUGUUCCUUUCCUGCAGAUUUCAAAACGUCCAUGCAACGGAUAUUGACGAACAAAAUACUAGUGUACAACUCGAUAAGCAGCUCGUUCUACAUGCUGGGCGUAAUCGGGUACUGGACUUUCAUGCCCAAGUACAUAGAGACACAAUUCAGGCAAACGGCCGCCACAUCAAACUUCAUGUCGGGCACCAUAGGAAUUUUGAGUUCCGGUCUGGGCAUAGUGAUUUCGGGGGCGGUCAUAUCGAAAUUCAAACCGUCACCGAGAACGCUGUCCAUGGCAAAUUUAGUGUUCGAAGGGAUGGAAGUGUUGGGAAAUUUGGCUUAUGUAACCUUGGGUUGCAUCCCUGACGAUUUGCACGGACAAUGGAACGAUGACAAAACGUUAGUAAACCGAUUUCGUUAUCGAUUGGCUUGGAAAAACUUUAUAACUUAAACACUUUCAUGUAUUAAGAUGAUUAAAACCAACAAUAAGUAUAAUAUAAUAUUUUUCGGUUAAUGUUGUAAAAUCGGUUAAUAUCGUUAUAUUUAUACUUUCAUUGAUUUUGUACUGUUCGUUUUAAUAGUAGAGUAUAUUGGCCAAUUAACGUAAACGUUAAUAACAUUGCUUGAAUUUGUGCGUUGAUUUUAUUUCGACUUUUAAAUUGUUAAGCUAGAUUCAAUAAUUGAUAAAUUAUAAUAUUUGUAAUCGUAAUUUCACAUAAUAUUCGUAACUCGCUUGAAAAAUAUCGGAAAAAAACCAACGUACAAAAACAGACAAUGUUUUUACCUUUAUGUUUGAGUAUAGGUUAAUAUUUUAAUGAUUUUACAACAUUAACCGUAACGUAUACACACCAUGAUGAAAUGGAUAGAAAUGAUCACAUAUAAUGCAUCACGUUUUCGUUUUGUAUGCGCAUCUCUAGUAAUUCUCCUCCAUACCCAGCCUAAAUCGUAGUUCUCUACUACUAUUGGCAAUAUUAAUGUUAGCUAAUAUGAAGUCAUGGAGAACUACUGGCUAGAACUGGAUAGUAUAGAUGAAGUGAAGAAAUAUGUGAACAGGGUGUAUGUGUCAGUAAACUUUGAUUAUAUACCUAUAUAUAUUUUGUUAUAAUACCCACAACGAAUUAUGUAUCCCAUUAUAUUUUAAUAUUUGGACCGGCGUAUAACAAAAGAUUUUAUAAUUUAAAUGUUCGUUGGUCGUCAGGUGGAAUUUGACGAUGGAAUGCAACGCGGGCUGCAACUGCGAACAAUCGAUGAGCUACAAUCCCAUUUGUUCAUUCGACCAGUCGACAACGUUUUACUCGCCAUGUUUUGCGGGCUGUGCACAGACCAUUAUCAACGACGCCGUUAAAGUAUGUGCCAAAAUUGGUAAUCGGUCAAAAAAUUCGGGGUCAAAAAGUCCGUUUUGAAAAAAGUCACACAAAAAGUCCGGACUCAUUUUUUUUAUUGUCGGACAAAAAAACCGAGCAUAUUUUUAAUGUCAAACAAAAAAUUGUCUUCUUAUUAUUAAUACUUUUACACACGAUUUAAAUAAAUCUACAUCUAAUAAAUCAAUUAUUUUUCAACUAUAUUUAAUAAUUAAAAAAUAAAAUAAAUGCUUCUUUAAUGGAAAUUCCUACUGUUUAUCAUGAGUUUGUUUCAAGUAUCCGGUGGAAAUCUUCAAAUAAAAUUUCGAAAAAAUGUCCGGCUACUUUAGUAACUUCCAAUAGUAAGCUGAAAAUUAUUAUUAUUAUUAUUAUUGAGUAAUCAAUAUUUAUUUUGAUUAUUUUCAAAACGUAACUUAUUUUAAAUUAUUAUUAUUAAUGUAGAAUGUAAAAAUGUGCUCGGACUUUUUGUCCAUCAAUAAAAAAACCAGUCCGGACUUUUGUCCGACUUUUUUCAAAACGGACUUUUUGUCCUUGGACGUUUCGUUCGGGAUUCGCCAUAAUUAUAUCAUCACGAAGGUUUUAAAUUUUAAAUUCUUAGCGAUAAUAUUGAAGGUAAAAUAUUGGAUGUACUAGUUAAACAAAUAGCGUAGUCAGUGAGAAGUUUGGCUCGAUUUAACUAUUUCAAAGCUAGACUACCCAGAAUUACUUCUUCUACUGGCUUCCAUUAAUUUCUUAAUUGUAUAUAAUAUUUAAUGUAUGUAUUAUUCAUCAAUAUUAGCCCAAAAUAUGUUCACUUAUAUGUUCGGCGUGCCCGCCUUGUGUAUAAAGUAUCGUAAUAUAGUAUCAUUAAAUGCCGUGCUUUAAAUUUGGGAACUUUUCCACAGAGCUACAGCAAUUGUACGUGCAUCGGAGGCCCAGGCACGGCGACCGAAGGAGUGUGUCCGGUCGAUUGCGGUUACAACUUUAUCAUAUUUCUCAGUCUGAUGGGCAUAAUGCGUUUCUUGUCGUCGGCCGGUCGUUCCGGUAGCACCAUAAUUCAAUUCAGGUAUCUAAAUGCAUCGUAUAAUAUUACAACACAUCACAUCGGCGGUAAUAUUAACUAUAGUUUCAUAAACUAAGACACGAGAGGAAAGUGCAGUCUAUAACUGUGGAUGGGCGCAAUGGCGUAGCCAGAAUUUUAAGAUUAGGGGGGGGGGCAGCCUUCAAUAUUUACUUAAAUAUUAAAAACGUUUUUUAGCAACGAUUCAAAUGUUUUCGAGAAGCGAGAAUUAUAUUAUAGAUAAAACUUAUCAGUUACCAAUUAUUUGCUGUACCAUUGAUGAAAAAAAAAUUUACAAUUAAUGUCAAAUAAAUAAAUUACAAUUUUAUAUUUACAUACAAAUUUAUGGGCAUAACCCUUAUUUUAAAGUAAAAUAUACACAAUAAUUUUAAAAUUUUAAGACAUUAAAGAAAAAACAAAAGAAAACAUACAGUAAAAACAAGUAAUAAAGGUAAACAAAACAAAAUUUUACAUUUCAUGGACAGACAUAAGGAAGGAGGGAUCCACUUUGGCACGAGACAUUAUUUCGGAAUUAAAAUGGGAACGGCUGACCUAGUAUUGCACUGGCGAACCUUAAAAUAAAGAUGAGGAUGGACAGAUCCACUUUAUUAUUAAAAAAACCUUUCAUGAAGUUUAUACGCGCUAAAGGUCUACGCUCAACAAAAGAUACUAAAUUGAUUAAAUCAGAUACUGGGGUAUAAUCAUGGGGCUCACACGAGAUCUACAUUAAACGACAGGCGAACCACAAAAACUGUCGUUGAACCCUUUCAAGCCGCAACGAGUCACCUGCAGUAUGAAUUUUGCAUGCAAACAGAAAGAAAAAAGGAUAUUUUGAUAAAGAAGCAGUCCCCCUUGCUCCCCUCCCCGUGAAUACGCCACUGGCUGAGCGUAAUUUUGACCACGAGCCUGAGGCUGUGGAUUUACAUUAUACAUUUAAUAUGUAUUUAUGUAUAUGUAUUUAUGUAUAUGUAUUUAUGUAUAUGUAUUUAUGUAUAUGUAUUAUUAUUUCCGCAGGUGUGUAAAAGAAGAGGACAAGUCAUUGUCGUUGGGUUUCUCCGAAGUGAUCAUGGCUCUGAUUGCGUUUAUGCCCGGUCCGGUUUUAUACGGGACGAUAGUUGGUGAGUACCUACAUGAUUUCACGUAAUAAUACAACAACAUAUCGGCUUGUAAAGUCGUAAUUGUUAUGUGAUACCGACGUAUUUUUCAAAUAAAACUUCGUUUCGGUUUUGCGCAGACGCCACAUGCAUUGUGUGGGGUGGAAAAUGCGGUAAUGACGGUAACUGUUGGUUGUACGACGGUAAGCGGAUGAACUACUACUUGAAUUUCACUAGCGCUGGUGAGUACAAUCCUUAACGUUGAAACGCCCAGUUCGGUUGAUAACGUUACGCAAACAGCGUAGAACUCACUUAAUAUUGGCUUUAGAUUAAAAGCACCUAUUACAAAAUUAAAAGAGGACAUUAUUCCGGAGAAAAAACGAUACGUUUCUUUGUUUAAAUUACCUUUAAAUAGAUAAUGUGAGGGAUAUUAAAAUACCAGGGACGCUAAUUUUUUUAAAUUAGCUAGAGUACCAUUAAUACAUUUUUCCAAAUCAAGCACUGUAUACCGGGUGAUCCAUUUUAAUUGGGUACACUCAUUAUCUCGGAGAGUAUUAAUUAAAGUAAUAAUUUUUCGAAAUUUGUUUUCUAGAACAUUUAAGAAACAAGCACCUCUAAAAUUGAGUAAUUAUGUUAUUUUUUGGGAUAAAACCACUUUUGAUUCUCAAAUGGAAACUAUAUUAUAAAUUCCAUAAAUCGAUGAAAUAUUAGUUAUUAUUUUGAAGUUUAGGUUGGAAGAGAGUAAUGGUGUAUUAUUAACACGCCACGCGCCGUCUCAGCACACAAAUGAUACUCCACUACUCUCCUCCAAUCCAAACUUAAAAGUGAAAUAUCUCAUCAACGGAUCGACGGAAAUCAAAAAUUUCAACACUGAAAUUUAUUUUAUCUAAUACUCCAUAUAUCCAUGGAAUUUUCAAUAUAGGUUGUCAAUUAAAAAUCAAAAAUAUUGAUUAUAUAUAUAUAUAUAUAUAUUUGUAAUAAUUUUGUUUUCGCAGGUUUUCUGGUUAUCGGCACGUUAUUGGACAUCGGCGUUUGGUAUCACGUCAAAGACUUGAAAAUCUACGACGACGACGAGAACGAGGGCGGAAAAUCGUUACCGGUCAACGCUAACAGCAAUACCGACGUGAAGACGAACGGCUCGGUGGAACUGACGAAAAUAUCGAACCCGUAA